AUGAACGAGUAUGACGUUAUUCUUAACACAAACACACAAGGACCUACCCGGCUACUUGACUUUGCAAAGAAAUGCAAGAGGCUCAAGCUUUUUCUGCAUUUCUCCACUGUGUAUGUCACUGGAGAUAGAGAAGGAAUAAUUUUGGAAAAGCCUUUCUGCAUGGCAAAAAGCAUUGCAGAGGAGAAGAUAACAUCUGAACCCUCAGCAUUCUUCGUCUCUUCCUUGGAUGUCAAUGAUGAAAUCAAGUUGGCUGACAGAGUAGUGGAAUCUCUUCGUAAUGAUAAAGUAGCACAAGCACAAAAAAUGAAAGAUUUGGGAAUGGAGAGGGCAAAGAUCUAUGGUUGGCGAAACACCUAUGAAAUGGCCAAGGCUAUGGGGGAGAUGUUGCUAAUAGACAGCAAAAGAUCAGAGACCUUCUCACUAGUUCCUGUGGACAUGGUAGUGAAUGCUGCAAUAGCUGCAAUGGCAAAGCAUGGGGUUGCAGAAAAAUCAGAAAUACAUGUUUAUCACAUUGGAUCAUCAGUUGAAAAUCCGGUUUCUCUUCAAAGGAUCCUCAACUUCUUUUAUGAUCAUUUCACUACUGCACCAUUGUUGGGCUCCAAGGAGAAGAAAAGUGGCAUCGCACCUAUGAAGCUUUUUGGUUCCGUGGAUAGUUUCUCCAGUUACAUGAGAAAUGAAAUAGUUCUGCAAAGUUGGAUCCUACGUUACAUCUCAAUAUUCAAAUGGAAUGCAACAGAAGACCGAAACGAUCUAUGCAAUUGGCUAAACUAUCCGAGCCAUUUUUGUUCUAUAAAGGAAGGCUCUCCUGAAAACCCAAACAUAGCUGGCAAACCUAAUUCUAAUUUUCAGAUGUGA